AGAAAACGGAGAAAAUCAAAAAAAUCAACAAAGUGAACUGUCAGGUCACAGUCCGACCAGCUGCUCGCCGCAAAAUUAUUUUUGUUUAAAAUUGAUUGAGCUAACGCAAUCCUGCAGUUACAAACUUUAUUCCUUAUUCAAUUUAAUCAACGCAAUAUGGAGGAAUAUUUGAAACAGUAUUAUGAUGAAGAAAUCACCAAUCUGUUGAAUAAUCCAGACGAUUUGGUCAACGUUUCGAUAAAUGUCAAUCUCACCCAUCUACAACGAAAACAAACUGCUUUGUAUAAUGCCCUACUGAGGAAUUAUCGCUCUGAAUUGAUUAAAUGGGAUUCGUGUCUAUUGAACGCCCAAAAGUCCCUCGUGGAAGGAAACAUGUUUCUCGAGCCAGGAUUCCAGAUCAAGCAGAACUGCCAUGUCCGAUUCGUUAAUAUGCCACAAACGGUAGCAGAAGCUGUCAGAAAGGUGGCAUUUCCCAAUAACGAUAACGUAGGGCAGUUCUUGCAAGUAAAGGGCAGCGUCAUACGAAUGACACAGGCACGAUUUCUGGAGUUCAAAAGAGAGUACAUUUGCAGCCGAUGUAAGAAAGAUUUCGUUCUGGAGGCUAAGUACGAAAAAAGUUACGUAUUUGACCCACCUCGAGCAUGUCCGCUAGCGAGCGAAACGGGAUGCAAGGGAGUGCCACAUCAAAAAAGUGCACAACCACAGCCCGACCAUUGUCGCGAUUAUCAGGAAAUUCGAAUCCAGGAGAUUAUGAGCGAAAGAAAUGUCCCGGCUUCGCUGAUGGUGACAUUGGAGAACGACUUGGUCGAUAAUUGCCAGCCCGGGGAUUGCGUGACUGUCGUGGGAGUUAUAGAGCGACGUUGGAGUCCCUUGGUUCAGGGUAAGCGUACGGAAGUAACAGUAACAAUGAACGCCAACAGUGUUUCUAAAGACGAGAACAAGAUGAAUCUGGGAAAGGAUUUACCGGAGCAUCUGGUGUUUAUUCGGGGAGAAUGGCAGAAUACUAUUAAGGAGAUAGGAGAGCUGGCUGCAAGGGACAUGCUUGUGCAAUCGUUCUGCCCAGAAAUCCACGGAAUGUAUCCGGUGAAGCUGGCUGUUGCUCUAUCACUUGCGAGUUGUACAGAAAGGUUUCUGGGCAACGGAGCAAGUGUGCGUGGACAUUCUCAUUUGCUGUUGGUUGGCGAUCCAGGGUUGGCCAAAUCAAGAUUAUUGAAGUUUGCGUCCGAGGUUUCAGUACGUGCAGUGUUUACCACUGGUAUGGGAUGCUCGGCUGCCGGUUUAACGGCAGCAGCGGUGAAGGAAGAAGGCGAAUGGCAUUUGGAGGCAGGAGCCUUGGUUUUGGCAGAUGGAGGAAUCUGUUGCAUUGAUGAGUUUAAUUUGAUGCGUGAGUCGGAUAAGGCUUCGAUCCAUGAGGCGAUGGAACAGCAGACCAUCAGUAUGGCGAAGGCUGGAUUGGUAUGUAAGCUGAGUACAAGGUGCGUCGUACUGGCAGCAACCAAUCCGAAAAAUUUGUUCUCUAUGGUUGAAAUGGAGGCCAACAAUAGUGCUAAUCUUGGCAUUGGAGGGCCACUGUUGAGUCGUUUUGAUUUGGUGCUGAUUUUAACAGACGAACGUAACGAGCACUGGGAUGAGAGGGUGGCAAAUCACAUUUUGGCGCUUUCGGUUUUGGAUGGAACGAGGGAUAAGUUCGAGGAAACUACUCCUGAUGGACAUUGGAAUUUGGAACGAUUGCAAACACAUUUUUUAGCCAUUAAAGAUAUUCAUCCCCGGAUAACCGACGAUGCUAAUACUAUUCUUGGAGCAUAUUACAAAUUGUGCCGUUCGGAUCCGUCCCGUGACCCGUCGCGUACUACGGUACGAUUGUUAGAUAGCUUGGUGCGGUUGUCACAGGCACACGCCCGUCUAGUGUUUCGAGAUGAGGUCACUGCCGUAGACGCAAUUACCAUUAUCCGUUUAAUGGAAUCAAGCUGGGGUUUCGGGAAGAUUGUACCACCGGCUGAUUUGAUACGUAAGCAGCUUCCUAUUGGACCAACUCUACGGGAUAUUUCAGAAGUCCUAGAACCACUAUUGCUGUCCGACAUGAUAAAGGAUAUAAAAUUGGAGCAGGUCAACGCAGGUCGUGUAGCUCAAUAUCAGGAAGAGUUGGCCAAAAAGAGGAAGGAAACAGCUACUAACCAAAAUAAAUGGCAGUCUUUGUCAACUCAGAGGAUCGUUAAAUUCGAUGAAAAUGUGCUCAGUGCAUUGGACAAAAACCAAAAAGACUGUGGAAAUGGAAGAGAGGAAAUAGUCGAGACACCUGAAGCUGUAGAAAAGGAACGGCAACCGAUAGAAGAUAGAGAACUUUACUCGAAAUACUCAUUCACGCAGAAUCGAAAAAGGAAUAUUAAAAAAAUUGGUAAGGAGUGCUCAGAUAAAUCAGCAGACAACAAAAUACCAGCACCGUCAAAGCAACCAAAAACCAAAAAAUCCAUCCUUGCACCAGACCCAAAUCUAAAAGAAAAUUUGGACAAUGACCAAUUGGAUCGAAUCUUCAGUAACUUACGCCAGAAUUUUAUGUCCGAAUUGAGUGGGGCCACUCAACCGGCGAAAUCUGGAAAUUGCAGCUCACAAGAACCUGCUUCUCGAAGUAGCCAAUUCAAUACAAAUUUUCCGCCGGCUAGUGGAAGAUCAAAAAUAUCUCGCGAAGAGUCCUUCAACACAAUGCUGGACGUGAGUUGCCUAUUGGAAGAAGAUGAUGAAAAUAGUCAUGCAUGUGCAAAAACAACAAAUUCGAGUAUGAGUGUAUUUCAGAAUUCGGAGGUUCUCCGAACACCAUCCUCUUCUCCUGGAUUCAGUGAAGGACAUGCAUUGUUGGUAAGACCAAUUGUCGCAGAUUCAAACGCGGACGAAGAAUCACGAUUCCGAUUUAAAAGACCUCGGAAGAAAAUCGAAGAAUCGUCUCAAAAUAAAGCCACAACCUCAACUGAUUCUAAAACUGAAUUCAGAAAAUCUGCUCAAACUGAGUCUACAAUCUCGACGGACUCUGAAUCACGAUAUCGUCUCAAGCGACCAAACCUAAAAGGAAUAAAUCCUCCCCAAAAGACGAUGUUUAAUCCCAUGCUCAUCAGUCAAUCAUCCGAUCUCAGCUUCGAUACGUCAUUCGAUACGGAAGCUCUCGCUCUACGGGAGGAACCACCGUCAAUGGCUUUCGUCCCUCCCCCUAAGCAAAAACCAUCGCUCUCUGAACAAACCUUGAAUAAAAUCCGGGGCUUUGCAUUUGAUCGUAGCAUUAAUGAAGAUGCUCCGCCUAGGCCUAAUAUUUCGGAAGAAACUCCAAAGGAGAGGAAACAGCGCGAUGAUAGUGCCUACGAAUCUCAACAAACUGCCAUGUCUUCAGCACACAGCUCGGGUAAGCCUUGGAAGCGAAACGUGAAGUUACCGGAAUUGAGUCACGUGGCUACUCUCGGAGGACCGGUGGACGUGGACGCUGAACUAGCUUUGUUGGACUCGGUGGAUUUUUGAACACAUUUCUAAAGUAAGCUAUUUCUGUUAUCUGUGAUGGUUUUUGCCUUUUAUAUUAAAAUAAAAGAAAAUAUGUUGAAGUA